ACUCACUACAAAUGUAUAUAACAUACUGAUAUAAUUGUUGAUGAGUCUCUCUUAAAGAUUAAUGUAAGACUUUUUGUUUUCUUGUAGUAAUUUUUUUUUUCAGAUAUUUAAUUAGUGAAUGCAGUAGCAAAUGACAUUUUGUGUAAGCAGUAAAACGCGAUAACAUGAUUUAAUAUAAAAAAUGAUGACAUCGUUAUUCAUUAAACUUGUGAUAAGAUAGUAGAUGAUAUCAUAGAUAAUCUCAAGACAGUACCAGGGAUCGCAAAACCGCAUAUAACAAUCUGUUAUUUCAGAAUUGUAUCGAGAAUUGUACGCGCGAAUUGUACAGUUAAAAACGUGCUGUGAAAAUCGAAUAUAUUGUUUGCCCAUGAUAGAUAUAUAAUAAAAUCUUUCUAUUACAUUUAUUUUAUUUAAACGUGAUUGAUAUAUUAGUAAAAUUAAAACAAUUAUUUUAAAACGCAAUAUUAUUCUAGAUAUAAACAACUUUCGCUUAUUUGUAUUUAUUCGUGAACGUUUAUUUGCGAAGUAAAAAACAUGAGAAAGCGUUAAUAGUAUGCGGUGAAACAGUUAGUAAAGAUGAAGAUCUUUUGGAAACAUCUGUUACUUUGCAUCCUAAUCAUAGUGUUCGGCGGAAACACAGCAGAAAAAUUUUCCUCUUAUGAAGAUAUACUUACGCAAGAUGUGGAUUUCUCCCAAUAUCACGAGAUAUCACAAAAUGUUGACUAUAGAUUACCAACAUCUGUUAAACCCAUUUCCUAUGAAAUCGCGCUUGUACCAAAAUUACAAGACGAUUUUACAUUUGACGGCGUCGUGAAAAUUAUCGCUGUGGUGAAAAACGAAACCGACAGAAUUACGCUUCACGCGGGAAAUAUUCAAAUCAUAUCGCAGUCCGUUUUAGCGGACAAUGAAAGCGUUAUCGUCGAGCAUACAUAUGACAAAAUCACUGAAAAAUACACCCUUAAUGUCUCCAAAACUCUUAAAAAGGGAUCGGAGAUACUAAUUGCUUUUGAAUAUAACGGUACCUUGAGUGACAACAUGAUCGGAUUUUAUAAAAGUUCUUACUUUGAUAAAGAUGGUCAAAUCAAAUGGCUAGCUGCGACACAGUUUCAAACCACACAUGCGAGACAUGCAUUUCCAUGCUUCGAUGAGCCGAGUUUUAAGGCAACAUUUACAAUUCGCAUAUCAAGAGACGAAAACUAUACAUGCCUCAGUAACAUGCCAUUCAACUAUACCGAAAAAUUGGAAGGCCAGAUCUGGGAUACCUUCCAGGAAAGCGUCCCUAUGUCCACCUAUCUAGUGGCAUUCGUCAUUUCGAAAUUUCAUUCUUUUAGCAAAAACGAUUUUAAUGUAUGGUCUAGACCAUCCGUCAUUAACCAAACGAGUUACGCCUUGAAGAUUGGUACUGCAGCUUUACAGCUACUCGGUAACACGUUCGAGCAAGAAUAUGAUCUUCCUAAAAUGGACAUGGUAGCUGUCCCCGACUUCGCAGCCGGAGCCAUGGAAAAUUGGGGAUUGGUGAUGUAUCGCGAGCCUCGGAUGCUGUACGACGAAAAAGAAUCAUCGGCACCUGCACAACAGAGCGUGGCUUCCGUAAUUGUUCACGAGCUCACGCAUAUGUGGUUCGGAAAUCUAGUGACACCAGAAUGGUGGAGCUAUCUCUGGCUUAGUGAAGCAUUCGCCAGAUAUUUUCAAUAUUUUGGUACAGCGGAAAUCGAGAAAUCUUGGAACAUGAGAGAGCAAUUCGUGGUGGAACAGCAUGAAUCUGCUUUAAUAGCGGACGGUUUUGAAUCUUCUCGUCCGAUGACUCGAGAGGUUUCUAAUCAAUCGCAAAUCGAGGGAAUUGGAGAUUCUAUUACCUAUGCAAAGGGAGCUAGCAUUGUUCGUAUGAUGAACCUCACGUUUGGAACCAACGUCUUCAAACCCGCAUUACGCGAUUACUUACAUAACAACAAAAACGAAGGACUGGGCAAUCCAAAUGCUUUAUGGGAGGCAAUGCAGAACCAAGUGAGUUAUCAACAUCAACUUGCAGCACAACCCAAUGUAAAAACAAUAAUGGAUACCUGGACUACACAAGCUGGAUACCCCGUUGUAUCAAUCAAUAUCGAUGACAAAGGCAUAUUCCAUAUUACUCAACAACGCUUUCUUUUAAGAAACUUGAAUAAAACUCCCACGAAUGUUAUUUGGUGGGUCCCACUUACAUGGGCUACACAAACCAAGCCGAUUUUUGAUAAUACUCUUGCGAAGUAUUGGCUGUCCAACGAAAAAGAUACUAUAGAUCUUAAUCCGAUAGAUAAUAUAGAUCCGAAAGAGUGGGUGAUAUUCAACGUUCAAUUAUCGGGUUUUUAUCGUGUAAAUUAUAAUUACGAUGGAUGGCAGCGUAUUUUCAAUGUCUUAAAUAGCGACAAAUUCGAUGAGAUUCACGUGUUAAAUAGAGCCGGCAUCAUAGACGAUUUGUUAAAUUUGGGUAGAGCAGGACUUUUAGACUACAAAAUAGUUUUGAAUGGAAUAGAGUAUCUUAAUCAGGAAACAAAUUAUUUGCCCUUUAAAGCAGCAUUCAAUGGUUUGGAUUACUUGAAUAAGCGAUUUACAGGAUACGAUGAACAUUCUUUAUUCAAGAAACACGUCCUAUCUCUUAUUUAUAAUAAACGCAAAAAAUUAGGAUAUGAAGAUAGCACAAACGAUGAUAGAUUAACGAUUCUAUUACGACGAGAGGCAAACAAUUGGGCCUGUAAUUUAGGUGACGAUGAAUGUAUAAGGGUUUAUAUGAAGAAGUUCAAACAAUGGAAAAAUACUUCUAUUCCUAUUAAGCCAAAUGAAAGGACUACGACAUAUUGCGUAGCCGCAAGAUAUGGAACUCCUGAAGAUUGGGAAUUUUUAUGGAAACAGUAUCUGAAUUCCAAUUAUGUGACCGACCAAACAGUGAUUAUAAGCGCUCUUGGAUGCAGCUUAAAUAUCACCAUUUUAGAAAAAUAUCUGGGAUAUGCCAUCAGCAGUUACGCAACCAAUCGAAUUCGUAAGCAAGACAGCACGAAUGUCUUCGCUGCCGUUUAUAAUUCUGGCUUGAUCGGCGCCGAAUAUAUUCUUGAUUUUGUUGAGAAGCAUUACAAAGAGAUGGAGAAAUAUUAUGGAGGCCAGAGUACGAUAGCCACGAUUCUCGAUGGAGCAUCGCAAAGUUUCUCCACACCUAGAUUAGUGGACAAAUUUCAAAAUCUCAUAAACGGGCAUAAGACGGAAUUUGCGUCGAUCCUCAAAUCUCUAGAAUCCUCUUUAAGGAUCGCUAGAUACGAAUUGGAAUGGUACAAGUCCACUUCGGUACCUAUUAUUCGAUGGCUACAACAAAAAUAUCGCCUACCAACAAAUAUAAGUCCCAGAAAAUAUGUUAUAUCAAUUAUGCCUUAUCUCGGGAUGGAAAAUUUUACCGUCGAUGGACACGUCAAGAUUGAAGCCGACGUUGUGCAACAGACAAGACAGAUCGUUUUGCACUCGGCAGAAAUUAAGCAUCAUACGGUAACUGUGACGGCUAAUCAGACACAAGUUAAAAUUGUAAAUCAAAAUAUCGAAAAGGAAUAUGACUUUUAUGUGAUCAAUCUUGAUCAAGAACUGCCCGCUGGAACGAAAUUGAUCAUCGAAAUCGAGUACACGAGUCACUUAAAUCCAUCAGAGCUUCGUGGCUUUUAUAAAAGUUCGUAUGUGAACGAAAAUGGAAAAACGAGAUGGCUUGCAGCCACGCACUUAGAACCCGUUGGCGCCAGAAAAAUGUUCCCUUGCUUUGAUGAACCGGCAAUGAAAGCACUCUUCACUGUUCAAGUUAGAGUACCAUUAGAUUACAAAGCUGUCAGCAAUAUGGAAUGGCAAUCGGUGACAAAAGUUGAUGAUCGUCUAUUAUACACUUUCUUUGAAUCAGUAAAGAUGUCGACGUAUCUGGUAGCAGUUAUUAUUUCCGAUUUUGAAAUUAAUCGUGUAACAAAUAAAACUGCCAUACUCGCGCGUCCCAACGCCAUUAAUCAAACGGAAUACGCUGCAUCCUUAAUAUCUCCACUCGUGAAUUUCUUCGAGACCACAAUGAGACAGCAAUAUGAAAUCUCCAAACUUUACAUGGUCGCGCUACCAGACUUCCCAUCAGGCGCAGGGGAAAAUUGGGGUCUCUUGACAUAUAGAGAACCAUAUUUAUUAUACGAUGAGAAUCACUCUCCGAUCACAAGCAGGCAGAAUAUCAGGAACGUGAUCGCCCAUGAAAUUUCCCAUCAAUGGUUCGGAAAUUUGGUCACUCCUUUAUGGUGGAAGUAUUUGUGGUUGAACGAGGGAUUCGCCAGAUAUUUUGAAUAUCACGUUCCUGCUCGUGUAUUUAAUGACACGACGUUGGAAUCGCAAUUCGUGGUGGACCAAGUGCAUUCUGCUUUUAAAGCAGACAGUUCGAACUCUACGCACGCCUUGAAUUACGACGUAUAUAGCCCAAGUGAAAUUCGAAGUAUAUUCGAUAGUAUCACUUAUAACAAAGGCGCCAGCAUAUUAAGAAUGCUAGAAAAAUCAUAUGGAAACGAAAUGUUCUAUGAGGCAUUAAGAGAUUAUCUUAGCAAAAGAAAAUACAAUGUUGCGACAUCGGAAGACUUAUACGCAGCAUUUCAAACACAAGUAACAAAAAAAGGACUGAAAGACAAUAUCAAACCCAUUUUAGACACGUGGGUUAAUCAACCCGGUUAUCCUGUCGUUUAUGUUGAUAUUAAAGAAAAUAAUGUAAUUUUGAGACAAGAACGAUUCUUCUUUAAACAAGAUGAGGAUAAUUCUACUUAUACGUGGCAUAUCCCGAUCACAUGGGCAUCGGUCAAUAAUAGUUUAGAAUAUUCCAAUACCACGCCAAAGCUUUGGUUUACAAAGAAUGAAACAAAAAUCAGCAAUUCAUCAACCUCGCUUUUAAUAUUCAACGUACAGCAAUCUGGUUAUUAUCGUGUGAAUUAUGACGAAAAAUAUUGGAUGAAGCUAUUUGAUUAUCUUAAAUAUGAUAAUAUUAAUACAAUUCAUAAAAACAAUCGCGCAGCAUUAAUUGAUGAUCUUAUGAAUUUGGCAAGAGCAGAUUACAUUAAUUAUAAAACAGUUAUAUCAGCUCUAAUGUAUUUAAAACAAGAAAAUGAUUAUAUUCCUUGGCGUGCAUUCUAUAAUAAUCUGCCUUACUUGAACAACCGUUUUCGGGGACGUAGUAUUGAAGAUAUAUAUAAAGCAUAUUUAACAUCGCUUAUAGAACCGCUUUACACACGAUUAGGUUUCAAAGAUCGGUGGUACGAUGAUGAUUUAACUAUCAUGUUAAAAAUGCAUACUCGCAAAUGGGCUUGUAAAUUAGAUAUAGGAGAUUGUAAAUUUUAUGCUGCAAGAUAUUUCCAACAAAAGCGAUAUUCAAAUACGAUAUCUCCAAACUAUCGCGAUGUUGUUUAUUGCACAGCUAUGAGUACAGAUACGACAAAGCAUACUUACGACUUUCUUUGGAAAGAAUACUUAAACAGCAAUGUCACUACAGAUAAACUUGUGAUUCUUAGCUCAUUGGCAUGUUCACAGAAUAAAGAUAUUUUGGAAAAGUUAUUGCGGGAUGCGGUUGCAAAGAAUUCAUACAUACGCUACCAAGACAGCGCAAAAGUAUUCUCAGAUGUCUACGAUGCAAGUUUAAUUGGCAUUGAAGUUAUCAUGAAUGUCAUUAAAAAUAAUUACGAUGAUAUACUACAUAAGCAUUUUGAUGAUUAUACAAAAAUCGGACAAAUAGUAAACUCUCUGGCAAGCAGAUUAUCUACUCAUCAACUUUAUAAACAGUAUCGAAACUUACUGAAUUGGCUGGUCGAGAAAGAACCAGCGUUCAACAAGUUUGUCGAUUCCUAUUUAUUAACGGCGCAAUACGAAUUUGAUUGGUACGAGAGAAAAGCGCCAAUAAUUUUUGAAGAAUUGGACAAGCUGUUUUUAAAUAACAAAUACCGCUUGCCGAGCGCACUUUACCCAAAACUGUAUAACGUAACACUCAAACCUUAUAUGGAGGAAGGCAUCUUUGAAGGAAAUGUGCAAAUAUACAUGAGAGUCGAGAAUGAUGCUAUGUCCAUAGUUCUCAAUUCGCACAAUCUUAAUAUUUCGAAUAUAAAAGUCUUCAGAAAUUACGUGGCGGGCAAAAAUUUGAAUGCCGAACCAAUACAAUCAUUGAACUAUAUAAAUGAGCAACUAUUUCCACAACAAUUAAGGAUAUAUCUAAAUUUCGAAGUCAAAACUGCGGAGAACAUAAUGACAGAAAUUGACUUUAAUGGUACUCUUAAUGACGAUAUGCAAGGAUUCUAUCGUAGCUCCUAUUUAGAUGGUAAUGGAGUACAACAUUGGCUAGCAACAACACAAUUCCAGCCUACACAUGCUAGAAAAGCCUUCCCCUGCUUUGACGAGCCAGCAUUUAAAUCGCACUUUAUAAUUAAUAUUGAAAGACCAAACCAUUACAAUGCACUGAGUAAUAUGCUGCAAUCUAGAGAGUUGAAAAACGAUAACUAUACAUUGGAUAUAUUCGAAAUUAGCGAAGUGAAAAUGCCAACGUAUUUGGUAGCGUUUGUUAUCUCCGAAUUUAAGCCUGUGAAUAAAUCUGAAAAGUUUUUAAAUGUAUGGGGCAGACCCGAAGUCGUAAAGCAUGGCAAAUAUGCUCAAAAUAUCGCCAAAGCACUUAUUAAUGAGUUACAAAACUUCACGGAUAUCGAUUAUCCUUUACCUAAGCUAGAUUUAGUGGGAAUUCCGGAUUUUUCCAUGGGCGCGAUGGAGAACUGGGGCCUGCCUACUUUUCGUGAAUACGGACUCUUUUAUGACAAAAACAAAACCACGGCCACGUACGAAAAAUACAUGAUCACUGUAGUAGCGCAUGAACUUACACACAUGUGGUUCGGGAAUCUAGUUACAUGCGCAUGGUGGAAUUACAUUUGGCUUAAUGAAGGCUUUGCUCAAUAUUUCGAAUCGUAUGCUGCUGAUCAGAUAUGGCCAGAUUACGAAUUUAUGAAUCAAUUCGUGGUUUACGAGCUGCAGCCUGCUUUGUUACAAGAUUCUUUGCCGUCAGCCCAUCCCAUGACAAAUUCCGUUGAACAACCUGAAGAAAUAAAUAAUAUUUUCGACUAUGUCACUUAUGGAAAAUCCGCCAGUGUUUUACGAAUGCUAUUUAACACAUGGGAAGUUAAAAUCUUACCAGAAACUGACAAAUUAGUGCUUCGCCAUUAUUUAAAUAAACAAAGAGAAUACGGUACGGCACGUCCUACAGAUUUAUGGAAAAGCUUCGAAAAAUUUGUAUCGAUAUCAGUUGAAAAGGCAAGCAUCGAGGAAAUAAUGGAUACUUGGACGAAUCAACCAGGAUAUCCUGUCGUGAAUGCUACACUAAAUAAUAAUAUAUUAACGCUUACUCAGGAGCGAUUUCUAAUGGACAAAAGUACUACUAACAAUGAAUUUUAUUGGAUACCAAUUCGUAUCGCCCUGCCUAAUCCGAACUUUACUUAUAUAAAUAUCGGUUCUGUAGUAUGGCUAGGAUCAACACCCGAAACUGUGUAUAUCAGCCCCAUUAACGAGUGGUUUAUCGUGAAUUACCAUCAAACCGGUUUUUAUCGUGUCAAUUACGAUACUUAUUCAUGGAGACGAUUAAUCAAUCAACUGGAUAGCGAAGGAUUCGAAUCAAUCCAUGUCUUGAAUCGUGCUCAAAUUAUAGACGACCUCUUUAACUUAGCUCGCGCUACUUACGUAGAUUAUGAAUUGGUGCUAAACGCAUCGAGGUAUUUGACUCGGGAGACAAAUCAUUUACCUUGGAAAGCGUUCUUUAACGGCUUGUCAUAUGUCUACGAAAGAUUCGAAAAACAAAGCGAAUAUCAGGAGUACCUAGAAAGAUAUAUUUCGAAGAUAUUAUCCAAGAUGUAUGAAAAAAUAGGAUUCGAUGAUCGCGAUGACGACAAGUUUCUGGAUAGAUUAAAUAGAGAGAUUAUUCUCCAGUGGGCUUGUAAAAUUAAUAACAUGAAGUGUGUAACAAAAUCUAAAGACUUAUUUGUGGCUUGGCGUAAUAAUAUUCAAAAACGAAUCCCAUGUAAUGCACGACCAGCUGUCUAUUGCACCGCGAUAAAGAACGGGAUUAAAAAUGAUUGGGAUUUCCUAUGGAAAGAGUACCUAGAAACAAACUUUGAUUCGGAGAAAAAGAUUAUUAUAAAUGCACUUGGGUGUUCUACAGACAAAACGGUGCUCCAAAACUAUCUAGGGAAGGCCAUCGAAAAAUACAAUCCUACAAACGCUGCUAUUCGCCGACAAGAUGUUUCAGCAGUAUUUGCUUCCGUAUAUAGCGCAAGUCAACUAGGAGUGAAUGUCACUCUUGACUUUUUAAUAGCAGAUAUCUCAAAAGUCCUUGAUUAUUUCGGCAAUUGGGACGAUGUGGCGACUUUGUUCCAUAAUGUGGCAUCUCAUAUAUCAAGUUGGGAUCAAUACAAUAAGCUGAACAAAUUUGUCGAAUCUUAUAUAAUUUUGCACGCUCCAAACAAAGCAAGAUUUGCUUCCGCCGUCACUACUGCAAAAACCAAUUUGAUAUGGUACUGGAGACAUAAUCAAACAAUUAAUCAGUGGAUAAUAAAAGAGUUUACAGAUCCUCAUACAGGUCCAAAUGGUUGUACUACGAUAGGAUCGAUGAAUGUUAUUUUUAUAAUUCUCAUUUCUUUAAUAUCAUACUUUUUAAGUUGUUACUGACAAUGAGAAACUGUAUUGAACAAAAAAUAAUAACAAACAUAUAGAGA